AUGCCUUUACCACAGCUUGUUCUUGAUCAAUUUCCAGUUGAACUUAUCUUUGAUGUAUUUACUUAUUUAACGGCUAGUGAAAUUCUUCAUUCAUUUCAUAAUUUCAGUCGAUAUUUAAGACAAUGUAUACGAAGUUAUCAACAUUAUAAAAUUAAUUUUCAAUCAAUACGUAAACGUGAAUACGAUUGGAUAUGUAAAAUAAUUCAUCCAGAUCAAAUUAUAUCACUUACAGUAAGUGAUGAUGAAGAAACUCCUGGUCAAACGGAUUUAUUUUUUACUAAUAAUCAAAGUUUUACACGACUCGAACAUCUUCGAUUACGAAAUUUAGAAGAUUUUCCUAAUUUAUUACAAAUGGAAUGUCUUCAUACUUUGACAAUUGAUUUUAAAACUCGAACAAUUUAUUCUUUCGAUUAUAAUCAUAUGAAAAGACAUGACAAUGCGCUGAUCAAAAUCUUUCAAUUAUCUAAUUUACGUACUCUUAUUUUAAAUAAUGAACCAUUAAAUAUGGGUUUUAAUUUCAAAAUAUUACCUAUUACUGAAAAUCUUCAUACACUUCAAGUUCAUCUUCAAACAAUCGAUAAUCUUUCAGACAUUUUCAUUUGUAUGCCUAAACUACAACGACUCAAUUUAAGUCUAAAAACAACAUUCUCGGGCGAUAAUCACAUUUCAGAAUUUAAUGUUCCUCGAUCAUUAACUCAUUUGUCUAUUAAAGUUAAGUAUGGUUUUCGAGAUGAAAUUGAACGAUUUAUUCAAGCAUGUACGAUGUUAACUUAUUUAAAUAUUCAUAUUGAACGAAAUCAAUCGGAUUUUAAUCAAUGGCUCGAUGGAAAUUGGUGGCAACUAUUAAUCGAAAAAUUUUUACCUCAUCUUAAAAUCUUUCAUUUACGAAUUGAUCUUAUUCCUUUACCUGAAUUAACAAUGACGAAACAACUUCUCGAAAGUUUUCAAACGAUAUUCUGGACAGAUAAUCAAAACAAAUAUCGGACAUUUACCAUUGGUUUAUUACCAUCCGAUACAUUGCCUGUUAAUUGCAAACAACAUAUUGAAUUAAGUGAAACACUAUCAAUCGAUUUACCACAUAAUGAAGUAUCAAUUCUUCCUUCUAAAUGUGUUUCAAAUAUUAAAACAUUAAAUUUGAAACACAAUACUCGUACCGCAGAAUGUUACGUACUUUCAGAUCUAUGUGAAAUCAAACCAUAUAUGAACGAUUUUUCAACACUUGUACAUUUAAAAUUGGAUAGUGAGUGUACCAUCACUCCUUUUGUAUUUAAUCAACUUCUUACUAUGGCACCAUGUCUUACUCGUUUAACAAUAUCAUCACUUCCUGAUCAUUUAUAUAAAAUGAUUGAUUUUCAAUAUCCGCAAAUACGUUGGCUUGAUUUGCGACGUGUAUAUAUAUCGAGUAAAAUUCGAACAAAAUUUUGUUUAGCAUUUCCUAAUCUUGAACAUUUAAUGAAUUGCCAUGUUUAUAGUGAAGAAGAUCUUGAAGUACUUAUCGAAAAUUUAAAAUAUUUACAAAAUAUUACUAUUCAUAAUCUAGCAUAUUAUUUCGAUAGUGACAAUGAAUUCGAUCAAUGAUCAUCAUUUUGUGAAUAUAGCUUAAUGGCCAAAACAUCAGACAAUAAUAAUAUAACUUCUACUACACAAAAUUCUCGUAUUGUUCGAGUUCGUGAUUUACCAAUAUAUUAUGAUUUAAAAAAUGAUGAUAUUUAUCGAUAUGUUCCACGUGUAGCUGAUGAACAACCUAAAAUAAAUAAUACUAAUAAUACUUGGCUUUAUUCAUAUAUUAGUCAAGUUAGGCAAUCUGUUCAACAAACAUGGAAUGAUAAUAAGGAAUUACGUUCGAGAGUUGCACGUGGAAUUGAAACUGGUAGUGCUCAUUCUAAAGCUACAAUUGAUUAUAUACGUGAUGAUGAAACCUUUCUACCUAAAGUUGGUGUUGUUACUAUUGCUGGACUUGGUGGUCUUCUUCUUGGUCAUAAAGGUGGUCCUAUACGAAAAACAUUUUAUUCAUCCGUAGCUGCUCUUGUUGCACUUAGUGCAUGUUAUCCUAAACAAUCAGCUUGUAUACUUGAUCAAGUUUAUAUUCGAGUUAAAAAUGAAUCAAACAAUCUUUUUGACAAAACACCAAAAAAUCAAUUAUCAAUACCUGUUCAAAGUACAGAAAAUAAAGAUCGUAUUUUACAUACGACUAAAAUCGAAAAUGAACCAGUUGUUACUGUUAAAGGUGAUUAUGGACAAGGCACACCAACUGAUCAACAUUUAUAUACAACACGUGGUGUUGUUAAUCCAACAUUAUUAGGAGCAGAAAAGAAACUUUAA